AUUUUCUCUACUGCAGAUGCAGCUCAGGCAAACGCAGGGAGCAUGCUAAAGACCUGCAGCUAUUUGCCUUGUACCAUUUGCUCAUUUCUCUUUAUUUCUCUGUUUUCCUGCACUGAUCACUUAAAGGACAAUCUCUCUUGCAAACAAAAUCCCCGGAGCCUGAUUAGAGGGACCGAAGGCUCCCAGACACGGAUUGCCUGCCAGCCACAGCACGGCGGAGCGGGCCCGGCAGGAGGCGGAGCGGGCCGCCGCACGUCCCCCGGCCGGUCGGCCGGCCCCCCCGCCAUGGGUCGGAAGCGCUGCGUGGGGGGAGACGGCUCCAAGAUGGCGGCGGGUUGCUGCGGGGUGAAGAAGCAGAAACUCUCCAGUUCCCCUCCGUCGGGCUCGGCCGGCCCGGGAGGCGGCGGCAGCGGCUCCCACUGCGGAGGGGCGGCGGCGGCGGGGGGCGAGCCGGGGGCGUUGCCCCCGCCGGGGGGUCCCCGUCUCAACGGGCUCGGGGGGCUGGCGGGGGGCGCCGCCGGCUGCGCCCUUUCCCCACCGCUGCCGCCCAGCUGCGGCGGGGGCCCCGCCGGCCUGGCCCCGCCGGCCUCCUCGCUGCUCUCGUCCCCCGGCGCCGGCUCCGGCGGGCCCGGCUGCAGGAAGAUGGUGGUGUCGGCCGAGAUGUGCUGCUUCUGCUUCGAUGUGCUCUACUGUCACCUCUACGGCUACCAGCCCCCGCGGAGCCCCCGCUUCACCAACGACCCCUACCCGCUGUUUGUAACGUGGAAGAUUGGUCGAGAUAAACGAUUGCGUGGAUGCAUAGGUACUUUUUCUGCCAUGAACCUGCAUUCAGGACUCAGGGAGUACACACUUACUAGUGCCCUUAAAGAUAGUCGUUUUCCCCCCAUGACGAGGGAUGAGCUGCCACGGCUUUUCUGCUCAGUGUCUCUACUCACUAACUUUGAAGAUGUAUGUGACUACAUGGACUGGGAGGUGGGUGUACAUGGCAUUAGAAUAGAAUUCAUCAAUGAAAAAGGAUCAAAACGCACCGCCACCUACUUACCGGAGGUUGCAAAGGAGCAAGGAUGGGACCACAUUCAAACCAUAGAUUCCUUAUUGAGGAAAGGAGGCUACAAGGCUCCGAUUACUAAUGAAUUCAGGAAAACAAUAAAGCUAACCAGGUACCGUAGUGAGAAGAUGACGAUGAGCUAUACAGAGUACCUUGCCCAUCGUCAGCAUCAUCACUUCCAAAAUGGUAUUGGGCACCCCCUUCCACCAUACAACCAUUAUUCCUGACACUGAGCCGCAUGACCAGUCACUGGACCUCUCUGCAGACCUCUUCCCAGGAGACCCUGCCCCUUCUUGGUCUAGCUAUCUCUAUUACUGUACCAUUUUAUGAUGAUAGUUUCCGUUGCCAUGUUGAGGCUUCUCAGUUGGUUAAGCCCAUCAUGGCAACGGGAGGGAAAACUGCAUUACUACUAAGAUCCCAUACUUUUUUUAUUACUGAGUCACUGCAGAUUUUUUUGCAGCCUAUAUAGCCCUUGGGUUUUUUAUGAAAUUUUAAAUUUCUACUUCAUUAACAUUGAAUUAUAUCAAUCAAGGCUUUCUGUGACUGUGGAUGGAAGGAAGAGCUUAAGGAUUACAGUUAGGGAUGCUUUGCUUAGCAAAAAGGCAUUCAUGGCUUUGCAUUAGUAGGUAUGACAGGGAAUGAAACAUAUCAGAUUCAGGUAUUCUACUAGACAAUGAAUUGCAUUUUCAUAACGUUCUUAAUAAUGUUUUGUGUACAAUAGUUCACCCCCACAGUAAAGAGUAUACAUGUAGCUAUAUACAUGAUCUUCAGAUCCAGCACAUGCAGCCAGAAUGUUGAGGCUGACAUCCAGAAUGCUUUUUUGGAUGAAGAGAAGCAAUUAGCUGUACAGUGAGAAGUGAUGUUAAACAUGGCAGCAUUUUCCCAAUCAAGGGGUUGAAUUGAUAGGGCACAACAUAAUCCAGUUGGCCACCAGGUUCUUUUGUGUCCCGCUCUGUGCUGGGAAUGGCAGGCAAUCCAGCCCUGUCAAGACUAGUCAUGAUGAUGCAUUUGUAAUGAGAUGAUGCCUUUCUGAUGAUCUCAAAUUAGGAGUGACAUUUGUGUUUAAAAACAGGUUGGUGAGUAGCAGAUGUCAUAUUAGUAAGAAAAUGGAUUUAGAUUUUAGUGCCUUUGUCUAUGACAUAACUAUAUACUUAUAUAUAAAAUUCAUAGAAAAAAUAUAGCAAACACACCAGACAUUGUAGCAAACUGUGUUCAGUCUGCUCUGGUGUCAGGGUUUUGGGGAUUUUUUUUAAGUGAGGUUUUUUUAUUUCUAUAGCAAACCUAUUUUGGAAAAUAAAAAUCCCUGUUUUGUUCUUCUGCUUUUGAACUUUUUAGUUUUUUUCAAGUCAUGAAUAGUUAGAUAAAGUUAACUAUUGUUUAAAAAAGAGCACAGGACAAGCAUGUCAUAAUUUUACAUGUUUUCAUCCAUUACAGGAAUAGUACUUGAGAGAAGAAAGUACUGUGUAAUAAUUCAGAUUCCCCUUCACACAGUAGAAGAGAAUGGAUUAGAACUUCUUCCUGCUGUAAAAAUAGGAUUUAGUAAAAGGUAUGUGUGGUGUAUUGCAAGGCCAGUAUGUGGUAGGGACUAGCUCCUCUCAUGUGCCUGCAGAACCCCCACUGAUACCUGCUGUAGCUCAGUGCAUGUUCUAGGGGACAACCCAUGCCAUCUAUUACAGAAAAGACCUUCCUAAUAUGCGUGAAUAAACCACAGUAAGCAGAAAUUCCAGUUAUUUUGAAUAAUGAAUGUUUGUAAAUAUAUAGAUAUAUAAAAUUCAGUAGAUGAACUCAAUUAAAAUUAAGUUGUUAAAAAAAUCAGACUAAUUGUAAAAAAAGGUUUCAGUAGGGUUUCAAAACCAGAUAUGGCUAAAUUCCGCUCAUCCCUUAGGUGAGGUUAGCUUUGCCACUUAAUAAUCAUGGAGGUUCUUGUAGGAGGUCUUUGGUAUUCCUUCAUCCACAGCAUCUGAUGUCCAAAUAUUAACAUUUUCAGUUGUGAUGCCUUAAUUUAUAAGCAGAGGGCCUGAAAUUUCAGGAGCCAAGAGAUGCCAGCCAAAAGCUGCAGAAAUUCAUAGAUGUUUAUACAGAGGCUAUUUUGGAUGAUACUGUUAUCUUGUUUCUACUUGAGGAACACUUUUCAAUGGCUUAGUCUUCAAGUGGAAACUGUGAACAAGUGGCUACCUGACAGAGUUGUGUUGGUUUUGGGGUUUUUUUUCUUACCCUUAUAGGGAAACUGAGCACAAACUGAAUCAUUCUGCUGCAAAAAACAAAAGUCAUCCAAGCCCAUCUUUACCUGUCAUCUCGUUACAGCUCAUGCUUCAGCCUGAGCUCCUUGUUAGAAGUUUUUAAAGAAGCUCUAUUAUAUAUAGAAAUAUAUAUGUAUGAAAGGUGCUAAUCAACCUCAAGAAGGUCACGUGACUGGUCAUGCGGAUCUAAAAUCAUAUCAGAUUUUUUAAAGCUCUUCGAUAUAUGCAGAUGUUAUACAGAAUUUCUUACCAGUGUAAUAAUGAUAUACUGAUGAAUAAAUAAUCCUGCAGGUUUUUAAGGACAAGGUCAGCAAUACUUCCCACCAUGGCUUGGGGGAGAAAAGGAUAGUUUUGUCUCCUUUUUGUAUACAGCAUAAUGCACAAUGCAUUUUUGUCUAUCUCUUAGUAGCUGUUGCUUACAAAUCUAGUUAAAAGGGGGUUAUACAAACUGUAAAGGUGUGCUUUUGAAAUGAGUUCAUGCCAGACCCUUCUGGACCAGAGUUUUGUAUCACUGAUUAAAAACUGUUACAGAGCCUGUGGUCAAUCAGAUUGUAUGCUAUUUUUUGGGAAGGAUUGGAAUAAUCAGUCUAUAUCUACAGUGUUUCUAGGGCACCUACCUCCUCAGCAUGCAAGUGCUGAAAAUGCUACGGAUUGUUUAUGUGUAAUUGUGGGUUUGUUUGUACAAAACGUGCAGUUCACUGUGACAUGCACUGGGACAGAAUAGGUCUGUUUGCUUAAAGCUGAUCAACAAUUGCUUCCACCAAUGUCAGUCCCUCAUAGUUGCGUUUAGUACCCAUUUAUGUAUUGCUGAUUCUAGAUACAGAUUUUACAAUCGUUUUUUGUUGUCUUUAAUUUGGGUACUUGAUCAGAAGGUACAACCAAGUAGCUGAAUUAAUUUUAAGUUGGAAUGUUAAUUUUUUUACACUACUCAGUUUGCCUUAUUUCAUUACAGAGAUUGUUGGGGUUUCUUUUAAUUCUUUUGCAUAAUGUUCCUAAACCCCUCUUCUGUAAACUGAGUUAGACAACAAAACCAUAGACUUGAAAUGCAGCUAUUAUUUAGUCAUGCUCCAAGUGGCCUUCCUUCUGCCUGGCCUGCUGUAGCACUGACUUCUCACCAUCUCGACCCCGACGCUGAUCACAGCAGGGGAGGGCACACUAGAACUCUGACCUCAGAUACACUAUGAAAUCAAGGCAGACGAAUCCAUUUGCACACCUGAUGUUUGUAUAUGGACCUCUUUACUUGUCUUCAACUGUGCAGGUUUUUAAAGUUGUUGUCUGGAGUAGGUUACAUCUCUUAUGUGUGUUAGAUCGAACCAAAGAAGCCUCCAGCCAUGCCCAAAUGCUGCUCCUAAAGCCUGCCUUCCAGUCCUUACUAAAGUCCUGCAGGAUUAAAUGUGUUAACUUUUUUAUUUUUGUACAGUUUCUAACUGAUUUUUGCUAGUGAUGUUAAUGGAAUUCAGUUUCUCUGGGGGGGCUGAAUAGCUCCUCCACUGAAACAAACUGGUGACUUUCCUUUUAUGUUAAAAAAAGAACAAAAAAAGUUAAAAAAAAAAAGAUAAAAAAUAAAAAAGAGAAACCCAAAGUGUGCCUCUCAGAUUUAAGGGUUUCUGGUUACAUUUAUUCUGAAGACCAGCAAUGAUUCUUUCUAUACAAAGAGAUGUUUUCCUCGUUUUUUAUUACUGUUGAAGAAAAUAAAACUAAAGAAGAAAAACCUCUUUCUUUGCUCUGGACCCAGUAAUUGUGCUGGUACAUAAACGCACUGAGAAAACAAACUUUUGUUUGGAACUUUUGUAACAACUUAUGACUGUUUUUGUAUAUCAAAGUUGAUUCUUUUCAAGAUAUUUGGAUCUAGUUUCUAAGUUAUUUUAGUGUUUUAUAUGUUACAAAGAAAAAAAAAAGAUUACUUUAAAUUGUUCACCAGCAUCUUGAGUUAUCUUUAAUGCAAUGGUGACACAAUGGGCUUAGAGCUACCUGGAGUAGCUUGUAAGGCCUCGUCUUUUCCUUCCUUCCUUAGUAACUUGAUUGAUUACAAUAAUAUCACGGAUUACCUGAACCCCCUUCCUUUAUAACUAGAUCCUUCUUCCUUCCACAUUUAAUUGCUAUUAGUGUGAAGAAACUGUUGGAAUGGGCAUUUUAAUAUUAAGUACGGCUUAAAAAGAGGAAAAUGAGGAAAAAAAAAUCUAGAAGGUUAUCUGUGGGUCUGUGAAGGUUAUCUAUGGCUGUGGAAAGAUAUUGUAGUAGUUUUAACACUAUUGUUAUUACCUUUUAAAUCAUUUACCCAAUAAAAUAAGGAAAAAGAAUCAUCA